GCACCCGCGCCGCAGUUCUCGGAGAACAAGAACAUCGCCGGCUUUGACAACGUCGGUAAGUCGCUCUACACGACUGUGCGCGAGCUGGUCGAGAACGCGCUCGAUGCGUGCGAGUCGAUCCGAGAGCUUCCCGACAUCGAGAUCACGCUGCAGGAGUUUGACACCGAGGGUCUCAACGCCCUGAUCGGCGUGGUCGCGCACGAGCGGCUGGACAGCUCGCUCUAUGAGAGCGCCAAGGCGGCCACAGGAAAAAAGGCGCGCGUGGCGGCGACUCGGAACCCCUGCCGCCGCAGCGCCUCCCCGCACCGCGCCAACAAAGGGACACCUCCUAGACACCUGCUAGGCGAGUCGCUCUACUACCGCGUGACCGUCCGCGACAACGGCUGCGGCAUGAGGCACGAGCAGGCGGAGGACGCUUCAGAGACACUUGCGAGACACUUCUCCGAGGCACUUCCGAGACACCGCGCCUACAUCUCGGCUGCAUCUCGGCUGCAUCUCGGCUGCAUCUCGGCUGCAUCUCGGCAGGUCCGCUCCGCCACGUCGAGCACCGGCCCGCUCAGCGUCUGCGUCCUCGACAUCGACAUCCAGAAGAACGAGCCCCGUGUCAAGGUGCACGAGCGCAUCGACAACACGAGCGGGCUGCGCGGCACCGAGAGAUCAGCAGCAGCGGCAGGCAGCCUCAAGGACCCGAGAUUGCAGGUGCGCUACCUGCGGCAGAUGGCCGUCAUCACGCCGUACGCGCGCUUUGGCCUGCGCGUGAGCACUCUCUCGGAGCGAAGCACCCUCGCGCUCGAGUACGCCCGCCGCUCGGACGAGAUGCCGCCCUCGCCGUCGACGAUCAAGCACCACCCUUCCUCGGUCAACCUCGAGCUGCUCACGUCGCUGCUGCGCGAGGGGAAGGAGAGGCAGCUCGUCAAGUUCCUCUCCAAGGAGCUCUCAAACAAGCCAGACACGGGGACCCUCCAACGACUCGUCGCCGAGCUAGGGACACGUCCAGGACCCGUCCGAGACAUGUCCAGGAAACGACCCAACAGGCGACUCGUCGCCGAGCUGCAGUGGGCCGCCGACACGCCCGCGAGCUGCCUCUCCCCUGUGGGAGAGUACAACAUGCGGCUCGGCAUCCUCAAGGAGCUGCGCCCCGACCUCGUCGCGACGCACCAGGAGCCCCCUCGCCCCACCGCCUCGUGCGCGAUCCGGCGCAGGGCCCGCCCCGCGGACCUGUGUCCGCCGCGCGCUGCCAUAGGCCACCCAGCCGUGAUCGAGGCCGGCGUCUGCCUGGGCGGCCGCGACGCCAAGCCCGGUAUCACCGUCUACCGCUUCGCCAACCGCACCCCUCCUCCUGCGAGGCGCGGACUGCUGCGGACCGCGGCUCCUCACACCCUGUGGCCUGCCCUUCAGCUGCCCGAUCAGCGCUGUGAGCAGCGCACUGCCCACGCGUCUCGCCGGGAGCAGGUGCCCUUCAAGGGGACGGGCAAGGAGUACAUCGGGGACGACAUCCCGGAGGACGCCGCCGCGCCCGCGCCGUCUGACGCGCUCGCGUUGCUGCUCCGCAGGUGCUGCCUGCAGCUCAAGGCGAAGAUCGUCAAGCAGCGCGCGCUCGCCGACGAGCGGGAGAAGAAGAAGAACCUGACAAAGUACAUCCCCGACGUCUCUCGCGCGCUG